UCGGAAGUGACUCUCAGACGCCACUGCACUCUGGGAUUGUAGUCUCUCGGGAACGACCCGCCCCUUGUGCAGCUUCGCCGCUUGUGUUUGGAGAAAACGCUACCGAGUAGCUUAGCGCGGCCGCGAGUCCCAGUGAGCGGUGCCGCCCUACAACCUUCGUCCUCGGCCGGCGGCCGGUUCCGCCUCUUCUCGAAUCUUUCCCACAGCCCAAGAUGGCGGCGGAGGUGGAUUUUGGCGAUCUAGAGCUGUUUGAGGCGUUUGACCACCCAGAGGAAUCGAUUCCGAAGCCCGUUCACACCCGCUUCAAGGAUGACGACGGCGACAAGGAGGACGAGAAUGGGGUCGGCGACUCCGAGCUGCGGGAGCGGCUUCGGCAGUGCGAGGAGACCAUCGAGCAGCUCCGCGCCGAGAAUCAAGAACUUAAAAGAAAAUUGAACAUUCUGACCCGACCGAGUGGCAUAUUGGUGAACGAUACUAAGUUAGAUGGACCUUUAUUACAGAUUCUAUUUAUGAACAAUGUUAUUUCAAAGCAAUACCAUCAAGAAAUAGAGGAAUUUGUGUCAAAUUUAGUAAAAAGAUUUGAGGAACAGCAGAAAAAUGAUGUGGAAAAGACUUCCUUUAAUCUUCUGCCACAGCCAUCCAGUGUUAUGCUAGAAGAGGACCAUAAAGUGGAGGAAUCCUGUGCCAUUAAAAACAGCAAGGAGGCUUUUAGUGUUGUAGGAAGUGUCCUGUAUUUUACUAAUUUUUGCCUUGAUAAAUUGGGGCAACCGCUUCUAAAUGAAAACCCUCAGCUUACCGAAGGAUGGGAAAUACCUAAGUACCAGCAAGUCUUCAGCCACAUUGUUUCUCUAGAAGGGCAAGAAAUACAAGUAAAGGCAAAAAGGCCAAAGCCUCACUGUUUCAAUUGUGGUUCUGAAGAACAUCAAAUGAAAGAUUGCCCAAUGCCUCGGAACGCCGCGCGGAUAAGCGAGGAGCGGCGAGCGUACCUGGACGCCUGCGGCGAGGCGAGCAGCCCCGGCUUCCAGCAGCGCUACCACGCGGAGGAGGUGGAGGAGAGGUUUGGGAGGUUCAAGCCCGGAGUCAUCAGCGAGGAACUGCAGGACGCGCUGGGCGUGACGGACAAGAGCCUUCCGCCUUUUAUCUACCGAAUGCGCCAGCUGGGGUACCCGCCCGGGUGGCUCAAGGAGGCCGAGCUGGAGGGCUCCGGGCUCGCGCUCUACGAUGGCAGAGGUACAGAUGGUGCUGACGGGGAAGCAGAAGCUGGAGAAACACAACAGAAUAAAAGUGUCACUUACGAUCUCUCGAAAUUGGUAAACUACCCAGGUUUUAAUAUAUCUACUCCCAGAGGAAUUCCGGAUGAAUGGAGAAUGUUUGGGUCCAUACCCAUGCAGGCCUGUCAGCAGAAGGACGUGUUCGCCAAUUUCCUUACUUCUAACUUCCAAGCGCAGCCAAGGGUGAGGUCUGGCAGCAAGAGGUCUUCGUCCCAGUCCAGCCCGACCAGUCCAAAGAAGCAGAGGAAGGAGAGCAGCUCAGCAGCCUCCCCUGCGGACAUGGAGCUCGACUCGGAUGCAGAGGUCCCGCACAGCUCUCCAGGCGGCGAAGCUUUUCAGUUUCAGCCACCGCUGCCCCCUGGCACUCCCCCUCCUCUGCCCCAGGGGACUCCGCCACCCAUCUUCACCCCUCCGCUCCCGAAGGGCACCCCGCCACUCACUCCCAGCGACUCCCCCCAGACCCGGACAGCGUCCGGGGCCAUGGAUGAGGACUCACUGACUCUGGAGGAACUUGAGGAGCAGCAGAGGCGGAUAUGGGCGGCCCUGGAGCAGGCCGAGAGCGGGAACAGCGAUUCCGAUAUUCCUGUAGACACGCCUUUAACCGGGAACUCAGUUGCCUCGUCGCCUUGUCCAAACGAGCUGGACCUCCCUGUCCCGGAGGGGAGAACCUCUGACAAGCAGGUGCCUGAUGAGCCGGACGUACCAGACACUUGUACAAAGAAAUCGGAAGCUGAAGAUUCUCUGAGCCCAGACUCUGAGCCGACAUUGCUUUGUCAGAAGGAAAAGGAAGAGUCUACUCAAAUAGACUCUAAAGAUGAUGCUCUUCUUGAUGACGGCGGCGCCGUGUCAAACUGUGACAUGAGUAACGGAGGCGCACAGAAGCUCCUUCCUGUGGACACCAGGCCCUCAGUGGCCACUAAGACUCACAGUCCUGUGCCGGACAUGAGCAAGUUCGCAACUGGAAUAACACCGUUCGAAUUUGAGAAUAUGGCAGAAUCCACUGGAAUGUACCUCAGGAUAAGGAACUUGUUAAAGAACUCGCCCCGAAACCAGCAGAAAAACAAAAAGGCUCCUGAGUAAACUGCCUGAGGUGGCACCAGGGGCUGUUCACUUGUCCGUGCUGGUGUUCUGUUCGUUAGCCCCAAACGGAGAUGAAAUGGUUUUCUCUUCGUUUCUCCCGUGUUUAAAAGUCUAUCCAAGGAUUAAUUGUGGCCUUAAGUCAGGCCUAUUUUAAAGAACAGAACGACUGGGCUUGCUGGUUCACUGUAUUUUAUUCUUACUGCUGAAAGCUUGCGGGGCCAGGAUGUAAGUAUGAGCCGGUUUAGAGAUAGUUUGUUAAGGUUUAUACCACUUUUGGGUUGUGAGUGUCUGUCAGGAGUGGGUUUUUAUCUGUCUUUUGUACAUUGUUUUCCCUUUCUACAUUUUGCUAAUUAUCCUGUAUAUAAGUUUAAUAGGUCACUUUUUAAAAGAAAAAAAAUUGUAACCAUUUUAAAUUCACAUUUCAACUCUGACAACCAAAUGAGAAAAAUCAGGGAUGAGCAGCUUUAUCCCAUUUCGGGUAUUUUUGUAAGUGAUGUACACACAUCAAUUUUAAUAACACUUUUACUUUUUUUGUAACUUCAUUCUUCAUAUAAGUUUGCUAUACAGGUGCGUUCAUCUUUGUGUACAGAAGUUUAAUAAAUUAGCUUUCAUAUACAUAAUCUAAGACUUUGAAUAAAAAAAAGUGAUUCACGGUUAGUGUACCCAACCGUGUAAGUUCGGAAGUAAAUUAUGUGGUUGCAAAAAUUCAUGGUAGCAAAGAAAAUCUAGGAAAAUGCAAGUUUGAGUGUUUUCAGUGUUAUUUCAGCCUUAACUUAGAGACAGCAAAAUCUUUUAAAGUACUUAUUUUGGGGGGAAAAAAAAAAA